UAUAUUGAGCGCACCGAAAAUUCAUCGUGCAAAUUACGAUACAUUUUUUUUUUGCAGUAUUGCAUAUUUUAUCGGAAUUUAUCAAUAGAUUCGAUUUGGAAAAACAUCGAGUCCAUAAUUGUGUUGGUUUUGUGUGUUUGUGUAGGAGAGAAAAAAAAACAACAAUCGCGGAGAGCGCAGUUGCAGUUUGUUGUCAGGUAAAUUACGUAAUACCAGGUAGACUAAUAAGAAUGGAAAGAGCGAGAACUUGUUGUGUGUAGCAACUAAUAACUGCGAAGAAGACGACGACACGCGCGCGCGACUUAGUUGAGCAAUCGCGUUCGAAAUAACCGUAACGAAACGAAACUAUCGAAUGAAAUAGAAAUCGAGCAAAAAAAAAAUAGAAAGCUUUGUUUACGACUUUGUGCGAUGAUACAUUGAGAAUUUCGUGAGGAACAGAGACAGUAACAAUAAUACAAUAAUAUAACGCGAUAAAAUUUAAUCGAUGAAUGCAGGUGAAUUUGCUGCAAUUAUAUAGAAAUAAUCCAUAAUAAUAUCGCAAAUUUAUAUCUGAUUGAAUAUUUGAAUGGGAGUGAACAAAGAAAGGGGAAAAGCGUAGGUCGUAUCUUUACGGAUACUGUAUAUAAGAAUGAGCGGAUAUUAUUGAUUAAUUCGAGUUAGCAGCUACGUGUCUGUCGACUUGAUCGUCCGUCAAGGCAGAAAGAAACCGCGAUGGAAACCAACGGCAAUAACAACAACGGAACUACUUCCUCCAAGGUGAUGGAGUCAAAGAAGCAAAGAAGCGACGACCCUCCGAGGAUCGUCAAGUUUGAAACGCUCGAUGAGCGGAUACAGCGGCUGCUGCAGGAGGCGGUGAAGGCGCGCACAGCUUCCUACAGUCCGUACAGCAACUUCAAGGUGGGGGCGUGCGUGGAGUGCGUGGACGGCACCCUGUACGGCGGCUGCAACGUGGAGAACGCCUCUUACCCGGUGGGCAUCUGCGCCGAGAGGUGCGCCUACGUGAAGGCGAUCAGCGAUGGAAGACGGCAGAUGCGAUCGGUGGCGAUCGUCGCUCAACAGGAGAAACACUUCACGACGCCGUGCGGCCUCUGCAGGCAAUUCAUGAGCGAAUUCGGCGACGCUCCAGUCUUCCUCGCCAAACCCGAUCUCCGCGACGUCCUAGUCACCAGCGUCUCCGAACUGCUGCCGCUCAGCUUCCAAAUAAACGAGGACUACUCCUUCUGAACGUACGAAGAAUGCACGCACGCACACUUCAUUUAUUAUAUAUUCUACUAUAUUUUGGCAUAAUUAAUAAACGUAUCUACACUUA